GUGAACUCUCUGGACGACAGCGGGGUGCUGGUGGGGAACUGGACCGGGGAUUACUCGCAGGGCACGAACCCCUCGGCCUGGGCCGGCUCCGUGGGGAUCCUGCGCAGCUUCCACGGCUCCGGGGCGCCCGUGCGCUACGGCCAGUGCUGGGUGUUCGCCGGCGUCGUCACCACCGUGCUGCGCUGCCUGGGCCUGCCCACCCGCACGGUCACCAACUACAACUCGGCCCACGACACCGACACGUCGCUGACCACCGACAUCUACCUGGACGAGGCCAUGCGGCCCCUGGAGCGCCUCAACACCGACUCCGUGUGGAACUUCCACGUGUGGAACGACUGCUGGAUGAAGCGGCCGGAUCUGCCCGAGGGCUACGACGGCUGGCAGGUGGUGGACGCCACGCCCCAGGAGACCAGCAGCGGCCUGUUCUGCUGCGGGCCCUGCUCCGUCACCGCUGUCAAGAACGGCGACGUUUUCCUCAAGUACGACACGCCCUUCGUCUUCGCCGAGGUGAACAGCGACAAGGUGUACUGGCAGCGGCAGCCGCACGGCGGAUUCGCCGUGGUGCACGUGGAGGAGGGCGCGAUCGGCCGCAGGAUCAGCACGCUGGGGGCCGGCUCUGCGGCCAGAGUGGACAUCACUGACCAGUACAAACACCCCGAGGGCUCGGAGGAGGAGCGCCGCGCCGUCUCCUCCGCCACUUCGCACGGCUCCCGUCCCCGGCAGCGCGGCCCGGCCUCGGCCGGCGAGGUGACGCUGACCGUCGGCGCCGCUCCGGCCGUGGCCGGAGCCGAGCUGGAGCUGCGGGCGGCCGUCAAGAACCAAGGGCUGGAGCCUCGGACGCUGCGGCUGCGCUUCUCCCUCUGCGCCGUCCGCUACACCGGCGUGGCCGGAGCCGCCUUCCGGCAGGAGCAGCACCGCCGGACGCUGCCCCCGGGCCAGGAGGACACGGUGACGAUGGCGGUGAGCUACGCCGAGUACCAGCCGCACGUGGGGGACCAGGACGCGCUGAAGCUGACGGUGGCGGCGGCCGUGCAGGAGACGGGGCAGGUGCUGGCCAGGGAGCUGCUGGUGCGGCUGCACACGCCCGAGCUCACGCUGACGCUGCUGGGCCCGGCCGUGGUGGGCCAGGAGGUGGCGGUGCAGGUGGUUUUCCAGAACCCUCUGCCCGAGCCGCUGAAUGGAGCCUCGCUGCGCAUGGAGGGCGCCGGGAUCUCCUGCCCCAAACCCGUGUCGCUGGGGUCGGUGGGGGCGGGGCAGACGCUCCGGCUCAGCCAAUCAGUGACGCCGCUGCGGGCCGGACAGCGCCGCCUAGCGGCCACGCUGGAGAGCUCCACCCUGCCCCCCCUGCACGGCAGCGUCCAGUUCAGCGUGGCUACUGGGAAUACUGGGAACACCGGGAACGCCGGGAGCACCGGGAGCCUGCCCGGCAGCACCGGGAACGCCGGCAGCCAUACUGGGAGGAGGAGGAGGAGGAGGGGGAGGCCUGGCGGCAGCACGGGGGGGUGA